AUGAUAAAUAAAAGUUUAAAUGAAACUUCGACAUACAAUGACCAUUUAUCUGUUCCAAAUACACAAAUGCGAACAAUUAAUAAUAAUAAUAAACUACCAAAUGCUAUUCGUGCAAAAAGUGCUGAUUCUAUUCGAACCAAAUCAACAAUAAUGUGUACAUCUCGUUCAACUAUAACAGAUAUUAAUGAACAUUAUCGAAAAAAUGCUGAUAAUGGAAAAAACGGAUUAACUAUACUUAAUAAUCGUUUUGAAAAUUAUCUUAAUCAAAUCAAAAAUUUAGCUGAUAAAAAUAUUGAUCUACGUCAUCAAAUAGAUGCGAUUUAUCAAACACAUAUGGAACAUAAUGAAAAUGAUAAAUCACCUGAAAUCGAAACUCGUAAUCUUCGUCAACAAUUAAAUAAUGAAUUACGACAAUUCCUGUCAUGUAAAAUACGUUUACAACGUGCUGAUCAUGAUAAAAAAUAUUACAGAACUAAAUUACAAUAUUUUUCAACAUCAGAACAAGAACAAUUAAUUAAACAAAAACUUAUUGGGGAUAUAUAUGAAUUAGAUUUCUUAAAAGAACAAUACGGAAAAAAACAAAAUGAUUUACAAUCAAUCAAAAUACAAUAUGAUGAAUAUUUAGCAAAAAUUGCUCAUUAUACAAAUGAAUAUUAUAAUAUAAUCUAUGAUCGAAUGACAAGUGAAAGCAGUAUACAUACACUUAAUGAACACUUAUUAUUUGAACGUGAAUAUAAGAAACGAUGUGAACAAGAAUUUGAAUCUUUAGAAAAAAUUCAAGAUGAUUUUAAUAACCAUUUUAAUAAAACUGAAUUGGAAAAUACCAUUAAAAUGAUUCGUCAAGAUUAUCAAAAAUAUAAUGAAAGUCAAUUAAUCGAUUUAGAAAAAUUAUAUAAAAUAAAACUUGAUUCAAUUCAAAAAGAAUAUCAUCAUUAUACUACAAAUGAAUAUAAACAUGAAAGUAAAAAUGAAGAUUUCUCCGAAGAACUUAUUAAAUUAACUCAACAAAAUCAAUUUCUUCAACAACAACUAAAAAAACUUGAAAAUAAUCAAUAUCAAACAAAUCAACAACAACAUGAAAUAUUAAAUCAAGAAUAUUAUGGAUUAGAAAAUCAGUUAUCUGAAUAUCAAUCUCUUAUUGAAUAUUCUCGAGAUAAUACAAAUUAUCUUUCACUCGAAAUCAAUACAUAUCGAUGUUUAUUAAUUAAUCUUGUUUCAUCAACUCAACAAAAAACAAAUCUACUUUCUUCUAAAAUACCUGGUUUUAAUAUAUAUUUUGAUCACGGAACAAUGUGGGUUAGAAUUUAA